GGCCUCCACUGCCCUGGCCAGCAGCACCUUCAGGCACACUGCAGAAACUCCUUGUGCCCAUGGGGCCUUCCCAGCUUGUCCGUCCCCCUCGGCAUCGGGGCAUAAGCUCCCCGUACCGCAGACCAGGUAUGCAUUGGCCUCGGCCGAGGUUUCCCAGGAUGUACAAGUGUAGCCGCAGAAGGUACCAGCAGAGACCCCUAGGACAAGCUGCCACCAUUACAGCCACCAAUCUCACCACUAUGACCACAGAUAUCAACACCCGUACCACCACCAGCAUGUGGAUCCUUCCACCACAAGUUCUCAGAUACCUCUGUCAACCUGGGAGCUUUCUCAUCAUCUAGAAAUGUCCUGAAACUUGUCCGCAUGCUUGACUGGCUCCAGGUCUGCAUCUUCUAGUGGCCUUGGAUGGUGAACAACAGAUAAAUACAGACAUUUCUGCUUCAAUCACCUUAUUCCACUCCAAGGUGU